GCGAGAGAGAAGUCAGAAGGAACUCAGUUAUGCUGUGAAGUCUUUUAAAUGAAAAUCAGGAAGUGUGUGUAUUCAAGAGAAACGAAACUGAAUUGUCUGCCACAUGAGUGACUCAACACAAAUAGUUUGGCGUAAAGCUGUUGAAGAGGGAAUAUUCUGCCUGUUUUAACUGUCAAAGCAGGGGAACAGACUAAGAAAGAGAAUCUGUUGAAUUCUUGAGCUGCAUAGAAAUGGCAGAAUCUUCAGGAAGUGAAUUUCAGGAGCAGAUCAGCUGUUCAGUCUGUUUGGAUCCACUGAAGGAACCGGUGACGAUUCCAUGUGGACACAGUUACUGCAUGAGCUGCAUUACUGACUGCUGGGAUCAGAUGCCACCGUACCGCUGUCCCCAAUGCAGAGAGACCUUCACUCAAAGACCUGUACUGAAAAAGAACACUGUUUUAGCUGAGAUGAUGGAGAAGCUGCAGAAGACAUCCUUACACACUGCUUCCUGCUCUCAGGAGGACUCUUGUGUGGAGUGUGAUGUUUGCAACACAGAGAAGAAUAGAGCUGUAAAGUCCUGUCUGCAGUGUUUGGCCUCCUUCUGUGAAACUCAUCUGCAGCCUCACUAUCAGUCUCCUGCAUUUAUGAAGCACAAACUGGUCAAAGCCUCCAUACAAAUUCAAGAGAACAUUUGCCUCAAUCAUGGAAAACCUCUUGAUAUUUACUGUGAGGAUGAUAGUCAGUGCAUUUGCUGUUUGUGUACUGAUAUUCAUAGAGACCACAGUGUGGUAUCAGUGGAAUCUGAAUGGACUAAUAAACAGGAAGAGUUAAAGAAGACAAAAGUGACCUGCAAAAAAAUGAUCCAGGAGAGAGAAAAAAAUCAGCAGCAACUCAGUGAUGCGCUGAAGUUUCUUAAAAUCUCAGCACAAGAAGCCGUGGAGGACAGCGAGAAGGUCUUCUCUGAGCUCAUCUGCUCUCUUGAGAAAAAACGCUCUGAGAUUAAAGAUCUGAUCAGAGCUCAAGAGAAAGCUGAGAUAGAUCGAGCAGAGAAACUUCACAAACAGCUGGAUCAGGAGCUGACAGAACUCAGAUUAAGAGAUGAGGAGAUACAGAAACUGUUAACUACUGAUAAUCAAGUCCAUUUCUUGAAGACUGUCCAGUCCCUGUGUGUCCUACCCAUGUUUGAAGACUUGCCCAGCAUCACUCAGCACCCUCAUCUGUUUUUUAAAGACAUUUCAAUCAAAGCAUUCAGAGAGGUUUUGGAGGAUGUUUGUAAACAGGAAACAGCCAAAAUAUCUCGAGAAGUGUUGAAUGUCCAAGUUGCACAGUCUCCUGAACCCAAGACUCCAAGUGAAUUUUGGCAGUAUUUCUGUCAACUGCAAGUGGAUUUAAACUCUGCAAACAAAAACCUCAAGCUAUCAGAAGGAAAUAAAAAGAUCUCAAACACACAAGAAGUCCAGCAAUAUCCUAACCAUUUUGAGCGAUUUGAUGGGUUUCCUAACAUCCUAUGUAGAGAGGGUUUGUGUGGCCGUUGUUACUGGGAGGUUGAGUGCAGAGGGAAUGACUGCGCUAUAGCAGUCUCCUACAGAGGAAUUGCUCGAAAAGGAAGAAAUGAGGACUGUAGACUUGGCUUCAACAAAGAGUCCUGGAGAUUGUCCUGCUAUCAACAACAUUUUUAUUACAGAUACGAUAAAGAGAAUGUCUUUAUCCCUGCUGUCUGCUUGUCUAGAAUAGGGGUGUAUCUUGAUCACAGGGCAGGAACUCUGUCCUUCUAUAGUGUCUCUAAGAAAAUGACUCUACUGUACAGAGUCCAGACCACUUUCACUGAACCUCUCUAUCCUGCAUUUGGGAUUGGAGCAGGUUCAUCUGUCACAAUCAUAGAAAAGGGAGGAGUCCCUGGCCAAGUAAUAUAAACAAAAGUACCCAAACUGGUCAGAGCUUUGGUGCAGUGGGCUGUGCACAUGCUCAGAACAUACAAGCGCUGUUGGCUCAUGGGGACCUAGGUUUGAAUCUGUCUGAGGUCAUGCCUGAAUUCCACUCCCCCUCUCACACCAGUGCUUCCCUGUCAACAGUCCACUUUCUUAUACAAUAAAAUAGCUAUAUUAAAACUAUAUUAAUAUACUAAAGCUUUUAAUAUUAGUGUGAUUGCAAAAAAAAAAGAAAAAAAAAAGAAA